GUCACCCCUGGCUCUACUUGUGUUGUCUUUGGUCUGGGAGGUGUUGGCUUGUCAGUAAUCAUAGGCUGCAAGGCAGCUGGAGCCUCCCGGAUCAUUGCGAUAGACACCAACAAGGACAAAUUUGCAAGGGCCAAAGAGGUAGGAGCUACUGAGUUUAUUAACCCUCUGGACUACAAGAAACCCAUCCAAGAUGUUCUGAUUGAAAAGACCAACAAUACCAUUGAUUUUUCAUUCGAAGUUGUUGGACGCCUGGACACAAUAAUGGCUGCCCUAUCAUGCUGCAAUUUCGCUUAUGGCGUUUCUGUCAUUGUGGGCGUUCCUCCUGGUUCCCAAAAUGUUUCUGUCGACCCUCUGCUACUUUUGACUGGACGCACCUGGAAAGGAGCUAUUUUUGGAGGUUUUAAAAGCAAAGAUGAUGUCCCCAAGAUAGUCACUGAUGUUAUAGCCAAGAAAUUUACCUUGGAUCCAUUAAUAACACAUGUUUAUAAUUUUGAUAAGAUCAAUGAAGGAUUUGAGCUGCUACGCUCAGGAAAUAGGUAAGAU